AUGGACAGCUAUGAGGUUCCUCUUGAACCUGUUUUUCUUGUUCAUCUCCAUCUUAUACUAUCUAUACUUGGGAUGAUAAUCAUUGCAGUCAAUCCUAACCAAGUGGUCCCCGUGACAUCCACUGCCAUUUUCUACACAAUAUGGAAUCUCUUCUCAGGCCUUGUGAUUCGCAGGAUGAGAAUUGCCGUGUGGUGGAGGUGGUAUACAUGGAUGUGCCCAGUCGCUUGGAGUUUAUACAGCAUGGUCACCACGCAAUAUGGUGAUGUGCAUAGUAACUUCGACUCAAGGGAGGCGGUUGUGGAGUAUCUGAGGGAUUAUUUCGGCUUCCAAUACAACUUCUUGUGGGUGGUAUCAGUUGUAUUGAUCGGAUUUGUACUGCUCUUUGUUAGUGUAUACGCCUACGCUAUGAAGGCUCUGAACUUUCAAAAGAGAUAG